UCCUGCAAGCCCUGUCGCUCCUCGGAGCGCAAAAUGGGGCUGCUUGCCUCGGGGCAGCUCCCGCUCGCGCGUCUCCCCUUCGCCCCUCGGCCUUCCCUUUUCAUCCAUUCCACCCUGCAGCCAUGGGGCGACACAGCCCCUCUUCCUUGCAUUGCCCGCCUCAACACGGCGCAGACGCUCCGGCGUGGCGGCAGCACCUUUCCGGAUUCUCACGCUGCUGGCGACGAGCCGCCCGCGGGUCCCCCGUGCGCGCCCUGCCGAGCCGCUUCCACUCGCGCUCCUGCAGCGAGCUGGCGUGGCGACUCAUCGCGCUUCGUGUCUUCUCAGGAGAUCAGAGGUUGCGGAGGACGACCCCGUUUCUUCUAUCUAACAAGGAAUCUCUCCUGGCUUUUUAUUUUUCCCUCUCCUACCAGCUGCUGUUGCUUUUUACUUCUUUUUAAUUCCUGCGCUGGGUUUCCCUCUCUUUCUACAGGCAUCACGGUUUAGAUCGGGAAUGCGAAGUGUGGGGAAAAGACCUGAAGCGACAUUUCUCUUUCUAUCUUUCCUGAUAUUUCUUCUGGAUCCAUGUUUUCCAUCAAUUGGUUUUAUUGAUGAGCGUCUAGGGAGGUUUAGGUUUGGAAAGUCUGUUCUCUUGUGCCUGCCCACCCCGCAUGCAUCAGUAAGACACCAUGCAAAAAUCUUUGUUUCUCCUUGUUUUCUCUCCCUCUCUACCCUGUUUUUCUCGUUUUAAACUCUUUUGCUAUCCUUGUUGAUACCUGAGCAUGUAUUUAUUUAAUGGUGUAUAAGAGAGGCUUGCUCUAGUUUCCAGUUCAGCUUUCAGUUGUCUUGUCCUGUACUGGUGUGACCCUGUCAAUGUGGGCUUCUUGGUUACAGGAUCAUCAUUUUGCUGGUGAUCGACUGUAUAUCUAUCAGGAAGAGAGCAUUAAGAAACCCUGAAAUGGGACAUGCUGUUUCAUAUCAUUUCUAUAAUUUUGCUUAAGCAUGCAGUGUUUAUAUUUGGUAUUUGUUACACUAUUUGCUUCUUACACCUGGGUGAUUGCCUUUCCUUGUUAUCCCAGGCUGGCAGUGUGUGAGCAAAUUGUAUGACCAUCUGGUGCACAUCUUUGCUUUGUAUAAAGAAAGGGAGGUGAUCUGGUAAGGGAGCUUUUGAAGAAUGAGUUAUCUGCUGCACAUAUAUCAGCAGUCUGUUAUGAUUGCUCAGAAGCAGUAUAUUUGGGCAGCUUUGUAAUCUAGUAUCACUCUUGCUCCCAGCAGUGGAAAAGGCAGAACGAAGUCAACAGAGCCCUUCCUUAUCGCCAAUAAUUACAGCUGAAUUUAACACAUUUAUUUUUCUUUGCCAGGCUCUUCUCUAUCAAUCAAAGCUUCUAUUCUUGAAUUUACCUCAAGAUAUAGUUAGGCCAUGUUUGCUAUGUACUAGCAUGGACACCUGUAUUAUACCUAAUUGACUGUGGUGCACAAAAGCUUUCAUAAAUGUUUGAAGUUGAGUUCUUUUGUAAUUCAUUAGAAUGAACCUAAAUUAGAUCAACUUUAAAGUACUUUAGAACAUUAAAAAUGGCAUUUAUGCAACUGUGAUUUGAAGUAGUACAAUAUCUUGCUGCAUUCUACUGUCUAUGUAGACUCAGAUGCAUUACUACUAGCCCUUAAAUCCUAUGUUAACAUUGAAAAGAAGAGGACAGUUUUUUUAAUAGAAGGGUGUAUAAGUGGAUGACGAGCAAAACCUUGUUAGUUUAAAAUGCUUUCAAAACAGACUGUUGGAAUCAUGAUCACAAACCAUCAGAUCACACAUACCUUACCUAGAUAGCUCAGUAUUGUCUUCUAAUUGUUCUUUGUUCUAUUGUGAUACUGUUAUAAUUUUGUUAUGCAGGUACAACAGGAAUGCAGCCUUGGCCAUUAGUAUAUUCCUAGACUGACUGGGUUGCUUACGUAUAGUUAAUAUUCGUAGUGAUUUAAAGAAUAAUUACAUCAGAGCAUCAGCAAGUCCUAAUCAGAAGUAACUGUUUUGACAUAGAACUAUUGAUCAGCAGUGGAGUGGGGCCAUGAGAGUAAUGUCAGAUGACCUGAGAAACCCCAUUCUUUCUGGUAUUUUAUUUAUUUAAAGUUUCUAUAACUGUUCUUUAGUGAACACUGUACUUGUACAACAGCAACAAAAUAUCAGCAAGGAGGGUGCCUUUUAUACACAAAAGACUUUCACAUGAUCCAGAAUCCGACACAAUCAGGGUUCUGGGUCCCAUGGAAACUGCAGCAUGUACAUUUGUUUACAGGACAGCUAUGUCACCAGAGAAAUCCCCACUGUGUGCUUGAACACCAGGGGUAAGGGCUGGUAGAUCUGCACAUCACAGGGGCAGGUUCAUUGUCUGGGUUGAUAUGUCACAACAAGCAAUACUGUGCAAGUAUCAUUGUGUGAGGUUUUUAUGUAUGGAUGUGCCUGAAAGACAGUCAGGUUCAUCAUAGUAAGUUUCAUUUGGCAUCUUCGUCCUCCUCAGUCCUCCAGGCAGUACUCCAAGAGGCAUUCCAAGGAGGAAUGAGGCUCCUCACUUUGACAACUGCAAUUGCGAGCCAAGUUUACUUCACCAUGGCUGACAGGCAGUCUCUGCUGCACAAAUAGGGCUCGUGCCCUGAAGUGAAGCAGACAGAGGUGGCCUGAUAGACUGCUCUUCUGCUUCAGAGGGGACUGUUGGAGCAGGAGGGUUUUCCUGAUCCACAGCCAGGAAAAAGGGAGGAAUUUGGUGGGCAGUGUUCCUUGUGCCGUUUCUUGCAAGGCAUUUUGUUCUGGUAUGUGCAAAGGUCUGGGAGGGACAAAUUGAGUAACAGUGCUCCUUCCUGCGGCACUGCCCUGUGGAUUCCUAUCCCUGCUGUUGGCUCGUGAGGAGCAUCAUGUGGUGCUUCACUCUGCCUUAUGCAACGGGUGACAUGAGAGCAUCCACUGCGAUAUGCUGCCCCCAAUUGGGCAUUGCCCUCCAGCAGAGCUUCAUCGCUCCUGCUUGUGCAGGAGCAGCGGUGGGGGAAUCAGCUGAAGGGGAAUCAACUGAACAUUGCUUCUCCUAGCACUGACCUGAUUGCCUGCUCCUGCCCAGAGAAGAUCUUUAGGACAGGAGGUGGGAGAUGGGGGAAUGUCUGUGACAGCUGUGCAAAUGGCCACCCUCAUGGCAAUGGUCUGCUCUUGCCAAGCGGUUCUCUGGUUCUGAUUGGUACGAUGCUGAAUUGUGUUUUCCAGUUUGAUGAUGCAACAAGCAUUCAGGGUACUGCAAAACCAUGGAAUAGACUGUUCUGUUUGUAGUUUUUCCUAGCAAAACAUACUAUGCUGAAAUAUCAUGAUGCGAUUCAGACAACACGACAAACCUAAAAAGGACAGGAAAUAUCUUGACUAUGAAGCUGAAACCAUGAAGAAGUAGCAGGGGGAAGAAUAAUAAUGUUUUUCCGAAAUCGUUUUCUGUUCUUGUUGGCCUUGGCAGCCUUAUUAGCCUUUCUGAGCCUUAGCCUACAAUUCUUGCACUUGAUUCCUGUUCAUCCAGUUAAAGAAGAUGGUCUGAAUACCAAGAAUCGAAAAAGAAUAAUGCCUAAUCCACUGACAGAACCACCUGCUAUAGAUCCAAUUUAUGAAGCCCAGUUUUAUUGUAACAUUCCCAGCAUACCUGAACGUAGUAUGGAAGGUCAUGCACCUCAUUAUUUUAAACUGAUUUCUGUUCAUGUGCUGAUUCGCCAUGGGGACCGAUAUCCACUUUAUACCAUUCCCAAAACAAAAAGGCCAGAUAUUGACUGUACACUAGUGCCUAACAGAAAGCCAUCCCAUCCUCAGCUUGAGGCUUUUAUUAGCCAUAUGUCUAAAGGAGAAGAAGCCCAAAUGGAUGGUGCUCUGAGUAGCAUGUCUCGUUACCCCAGCCAUUCAUUGUGUGAAAUGGGAGAGCUCACACAGACAGGUAUUGUACAGCACUUACGAAAUGGACAACUGCUAAGGGAUAUUUAUAUAAAGAAGCAUAACUUGGUACCAAGUGAUUGGACCAGUAAACAUUUGUAUUUGGAGACCACAGGAAAGAGUCGAACGCUACAGAGUGGGCUCGCAUUACUCUAUUCCUUCCUGCCAGAAUUUGACUGGAAGAAAAUUAAUUUUCGAAACCAAUGGAGCACAAUUUUUUGUUCAGGAAAUUGUGAUUGCCCAAUAAGAAACCAUUACCUAGAGGAAGAACAACGUCGCCAGUAUAGCCUACGGGUUAAAAACUUAAAUUUGGAGAAAACAUAUGCAGAUAUGGCAAGAAUAGUUGGCAUACCCACAAGGCAGCUAAGGGCUUCUAACCCUAUAGAUUCGAUGUUGUGCCAUUUUUGCCAUAAUGUCAGCUUCCCAUGCACUAAGAAUGGCUGCAUUGACAUCGAGCACUUUAAAGUAAUCAAGACACAUCAACUUGAAGAUGAAAAAGAGAGGCAGGAGAAAAAAUUCUACUACUUGUAUGCCCUACUGGCCACUCAUCCUAUCCUUAACCAGACUGUCAAUCGUAUGCAGCGCAUUGCAGAGGGCAAGAAAGAAGAGUUGUUUGUCCUUUACUCUGCUCAUGAUGUCACCUUGUCACCUGUCCUUAGUGCCUUAGGCAUUACGGAGGCCCGGUUUCCAAGAUUUGCUGCUAGACUUGUAUUUGAGCUUUGGAAGGAUGGAAAGAAAUAUAAGGAACACUUUGUUCGCAUCCUUUAUAAUGGUGUUGAUGUCACAUUCCAGACUUCCUUCUGCAGAGAUUACAACAAACGUUAUAGCAAGCUGAUGUGCCCUUUGGAGAAAUUUGUCCAUUUUGUUAAGCAAGACAUGUUUUCACCUUUUAAUAGCACCAAUUAUUAUGAUGCAUGUCACAGAAGACCAUACUAAAUGAGGGAGAAAUAAAAUUUUACAUUUUGUUUUGUCAGAAGAUCUGUUCAUAAGAAAUCUUGACACUGUCAAAUUCUAGUGUAACUAAGUGUAAAGGAGUAUAGCUUGGAAUGGUUUUAAUUUUUGCCAAAAUUCAUUUUACAUUGUUUUAAAUUGUCAUAAAAAUGUAUAACGGCUGCCAGUCCAGCAGAACUAGAAGUAUUUUCUUUGUGCCCAACUUGACUUGUCUCUUAGCUGCUGUAAAAAUGGAUAUUGCUUGAAGGACUGAAUUGACAUAUUCUGGUUCCUUGUUUUUCUACCACAAAGAUCACCACCAACAACAAAUACAACCCGUUCUAAAAGUCGUCAUAACAGAAAGUUUCUCUUCAUUGUGCAGAUCCAUUGUUCCUUCCGAAAUAUUCCUGAAGUGUCAGUUCUUUUAAAUUACAUCAUAGCAAAUUAUAGGUAUCCUUUCCACACCCUGCAUGCAUGUAUUCAUAUGCUUUUUCCAUGUAAGAGUGUGGAAAACUUGACUGUUAAUUACUAUACAGGACUUACUUCAUACAUGAUGUGUGAAGUCUAUUACUGUUUGGUGCAGGCUAUAAUAUUUAACAUUCCUUUUUCUGCUCAUUGGUUGGAACAUGUCAAAAGUCUCUUUGCCCUCAUGCAAUGACUUCCUGGGAAGUACCAAUGUUACCAGAAGUGUAGUUGUUGGCCAGUUCAUAAAGGAACUAUUACAAGCAGUAUGUUGAAACGGUUUUUAUCAUAUACAAAGCAGUCCUGGUUCUGUUUUUUGCACUUUUAGCACUUUAUGCAUACUCUGAACACAAAUUACAAGUUGUGCCAGAUGUUAGAAAAUGAUACAAAACUAAAUGUAGAGGAAGCGUAUAAGAAAUAGAGAACUUUAAAUCUGACUUGUACACUUUAGGAUCUUUUUGUAUUAUGUGUUCAACCCAUUUGUGCUGGCAAUGUGUUUGCAGUUUGUUAUAAUGGCUGCAUGUGGCCAAAAGAGAACUUGACUUACUGCUUAAUUUUGUAGUCCAUUUAGUACUUUUAUAGACUAGGAAGACAUUUUAUACGCUCAGUCUUGUUUUUUACGCUGCAGUGAUUGUACUAUAGUGUAUUAAGUGUUUUUUACCUUCGUUGUAAAGGGAUACCAAGAGCAGUUUUCAAACACUUCUUGAACCAUGGUUCAUAGAUUUUGGGUGGUAUGUAGAAGUGGUCUUAUGCUUAAUUAUACCUGAGAAACUACUAAUGCAUAAUAACUCAAUUUAAACUCAAUUUUAAAAUGUACUGUUCGUACAAUAUUUUUAGACACCUUUUGUUACUGUUGGAAUGCCACAUUUUUAAUGUUGGAGUUUUUACACACCCAAGGACCAUAAUUUGUGUGUCACAGGUUGAAAUGGUGCUAGCAAUUAAAAGGAGCUGUGAUUUGUGUUCUGACUUUAUUGGUAUUUCAGCCCCCUUUUGAAAAUGAUGCAUUUGAAUGUUUCUUAUAAAUAAAGUUUUGAAUAAUUCUUGUUGAUA